AUGUGGGCAGGAUUAUUCCCCCGUAUUAGGCCUUUUUGCGGUCUGAGGCCUAAUUCUUUGUCGAUUAUCACUAUCAGGCGCAAUGCCUCAAAAAUGUCUUCUCAACAAACCCCUUCAUCUCCUGAGCCCUUGGUUGUGGUCAUGGGCUCAACAGGAACGGGCAAAUCCGACCUGGCAGUAGAAAUCGCCCGCCGCUUCAAUGGCGAGGUCAUCAACGCCGACGCCAUGCAGAUGUACGAGGGCCUGCCCAUCAUCACCAACAAGAUCACCCCGGAGGAGCAGCGCGGCGUGCCCCACCACCUCCUCGGUAUGAUAAGCCUCGAGGAACCGACGUGGAACGUGCACCACUUCCGCAGGGAGGCCGGUAGCAUCAUCCGCGAAAUCCGCAGCAGGGGCCGCCUUCCCGUCCUCGUCGGCGGCACGCACUACUACCUGGAUGGCCUGCUGUUCGACCACAACCUCGUCGCCGUCCCGCCGUCCGAGGGCCGGGAGAAGGACCGCCCUGCAGCAGACGGCGCCGCCAUCUCAGCUUCUCGCGACCCUGCCCUCGAGGAGGCGUCGACCGAGGAGCUGAUGGCGCGGCUGCGCGAGGUCGACCCUCUCGAGGCAGACAGGCGACACCCCAAGGACAGGCGCAAGAUCAUGCGGUCCCUGGAGAUCUGCCUGACCACCGGCCGACGGGCAUCCGACAUCUACGCCGAGCAGAGGGAGAAUAAGGCAAAGAUGCAGCAGCGACGGCCCUCCGACGGCGACCAAUCGACGCAGCAGAGCCACGCGCCCAUCUUCUUCUGGGUGCACUCAGAACGCGGCGUCCUCAACGAACGCCUCGAGCGCCGUGUGGACAAAAUGCUAGACAACGGCCUUAUCGAGGAGACGCGCCAGAUGCACGCCUACCUGCAGCGGUCGACGCUGAACGGCAUCACCAUAGAUCGGACGACGGGCAUCUGGCAGUCGAUCGGCUUCAGCGAGAUCGAACCGUACCUAGACGCCCUGCAUAGACAAGCCAAGGGUACAAGUGUCGACGCGCAGGAGCUGGAAGCCCUGAAGCUCGCGGGGGUGGAUUUGAUCAAGCAGGCAACCAGGCGGUAUGCCAAGGGUCAAGUUCGUUGGAUAACCUACAAGACCUUACCCCUGAUCCAAGACGCAAAUAUGCUUCCCAAGCUGUUCCUGAUGGACAGCACCGACGUCACGCGUUGGUCACCUGAAGUCGUCGACAAGGCCCUUGACAUCAUGGAUAAGUAUCUUGGCGGACGCUCGCUGCCUGAGCCGGCAGAGGUAUCCGAGGCGGCCCGGAAGGUUCUCGACAGUGUCAUCGCGUCAAGCAACCAGAAGGAGACACCAUGCAACAGGAUCUGUGAAGUUUGUCGCAUCACGGUACUUACGGAGGAAAAGUGGCUUGUCCACAUCAGAGGCCACCGCCAUAAGCGGGCAGUCAAGUCUGCCAAUAAAAGAGCGUUUGUUGCUUCCUAUUUGGAGGGCAAAGGAGGCGAUGCGGCUGAGAAAAUAGAGGGCGCCAAUGCAGGUCCACCAAGUCGCUCUCCGUGCUGA